AUGGGAAAGCGAACCCUGUUCACCAACAUCACCCCCCUGCCGUCGAGCGUGACGAAGGAGAUUGCUAUCGCUAUGCUUCACAAUCACGACGAGAUGAUCGAGCUGAAUCCUAUGGUUAUCGAGCAUCAUCCCAUCAAAACCCCGCGAGACGCUCCGGCGGACGAAUUUCUCGACUGUGUCUGGCAAGAGUUAACAGAUAAGGUGCACUACCUGCCGGGCGGCCUUGUCAAGGGCAAAGUGUCGUACAAAGCUUGCUUUCAUGACCUGCCCACUGGAUUGCAAACACAUAUCUACGCACCAACCGGGCUGGACAUCAGAGAAAAGUGGACGAUAUGCGGCACCUUGCCCGGUGAGCCUCCCGAACGACGAGAGUUGGGAUCCAAUGCUCCAUCAUCUGGUCUCUAUCUGAAAGAAGAAGGCGAUAUGCGGUGCAACCGGUUGCUUAGUAGCUUUGUCCGAAGGAAUCUUGAUGAAGCGCACAAGGUUCUCGUUGAGCGAAUCAUGAGGAAGGCACAGUUACUGGAACAGCAUAGAUCGACCUUCUCCCUGCAGAAGCGUAGCGACACCUUCUCACCCGAGAACUUUUAUAACACUGGACCCUCUCAAACAUCGCAAUCCUCACGCAACACAACCCCCGGCGGAGGUUUUCAGCCUGGUUCCCAUAUGUCUCAGUCCAGAAUCCUGCAAUCACCGACAUUGCAAUCACCUGCGACAACGUCCCAUACGCCUCAACGACAUGCUCAACACCCCUCGUACCCUCCGCCCAGUCUCGCCGAACACCCUGCUUUCCGUAACGAAAACAACCCUGAUCAUUCCGCCCAACAUCAAGGCCACAACUACAGCAGAAGCUGGUCCACAAACGGCUCGACCACUUACGCCCCAUCGCAGGGCUCUCAACCCACCCAGAACAGUGCCUUCUACGCAUCGACUCCCCUACCGCAGCAGCAAGCCCGGCAAGCAAAGCAGCAAUUUGUGGCCGAGCUUCCAGGCUCAGAACCACCGGAAAUGCAAUCGCUGAGUCCGCCAUCGGGAGAAUCAUCCGAGCGCGAUUAUCGUUACAGCGUGCUAAGCGAGCUGAGCAGCGAUGUACCCGCUGGUGGCACGGAUCGUGGAAGCAUAGUGAGUGACCUGGCCCCGCAGCAGCAGGUCUGGCGGCAGAAGUACGGGAAUGGCCAUGCUGCCUACAGCGGAGCAGAAUUCUCUCCGCAGCAGCAGCAACAACAGCACCAACAGCGAUGGAUGUGA